UCCCUUCACCGUCACCAAAGCAACAAAAACGAAACGGGAAUAAACAGCUUCCAAAUUGUUCCUUCUUCACUUUCCUUAACCGACGCGCUUACCCUCUGCUUCGCUUCUCAUCAUCAUCGCCAUCGUCAUCGUCGUAUUCUUCAUCGCUCAAUCGCUUCUCGCAUUCUUGGUGGUGGUGGUGCUGAUGAUGGAACUUCAAGCGAUUCACCGCAAUUUGUAUUCACCAAACAUGACCAACCAUUGUUGAAAACGAUUUCUUCUGAUUUUUUUGGUUCUAGCUACCGGUGGUUGUGGAUUUUUUCUGAUUUAGGGUUUUGUAAUUUUUGUGGGUUUUCCGAUGACGUAUUAUGAGGAUGAAGGCGGUGGUCGGAGAGUGGAGGUGGUGUGUCAAAUUGAGGAUAAUAAUAUUAAUGGGGACUAUGUCAAAUUGGGGCCCGGUGCUGUAGACGAUUCUCCGCCAGCUCCUCCUGCGCCGGGGAGAAGAUCGGCUCUGUGGUUUUGGGUGAAACUGGUGGUGCUGAUUUUGUUCGUGGGUUCGUUGGCUGUUGUUGUGAUCAAGUGGGUUGGACCCUAUUUCAUUGACAAGGAGGUUAUUCCAAUAAUAAAUUGGGAAACUGAGACUUUCAGUACCCCAGUGCUUAUCCUUUUGGUAUUUGUUUCGGUAGCGCUGUUCCCGACCUUACUUUUGCCAUCUACACCCUCUAUGUGGGUGGCUGGAAUGACAUUUGGUUAUGGCUUUGGGUUCUUGCUGAUAAUUACUGCAGCAGCUAUUGGUGUGUCACUCCCUUUUUUCAUUGGCUCAACCUUCCAUCAUAAAAUUGAAGGAUGGUUAGAGAAGUAUCCAAAGAGAGCUUCUGUUAUAAGAUCUGCUGGUGGAGGAAACUGGGUUCAUCAGUUUCGAGCAGUUACCUUGAUUAGGAUUUCUCCAUUCCCUUACAUAAUCUACAACUAUUGUGCUGUGGCAACAAAUGUUAAGUAUGGGCCUUACAUUAUUGGAUCCUUGGUUGGAAUGGUGCCGGAAAUAUUUGUUGCAAUCUAUACCGGAAUAUUGAUUCGGACUUUGGCUGAUGCUUCACAUGAAAAGCGAUCUCUGUCUGCGCCGCAAAUCAUUCUCAAUGUUCUAGGAUUCUGUGUAACUGUGGCCACGACCAUUGUUGUCACAGUGUAUGCUAAGAGACGGCUCAAGGAGUUACAGAGUGAGGAUGACGAGUCGUUGUUGAGAUAGUCCAGUUUUUUUAGUCUGGGCUUUCAUUGCUUACUGUAAGAAGCAGCCACUCCUAUAUGAUGCUGGCAAGUGCUUCUCAUUGCCCUGCUAGGAGAGGUUUGAUCUAGUAACUUCUUCCAUGGAAAGGGUUGACAGUCAAAUGUAUUAUAACUGGGUUGACCAAGGAUUUCGGAGGAACAAGCUAACAUGACUAACACCCUCGGCGUCUCCGUGUCCUGCUUCUUUUAUGGUUCACAAAAAAUGUUUUCUUUGUUAGUGCUUCUAUCUCAUUUAUCAUUGUAUAUGAAUUCAUAGGAUUGGAUUGUGUAUAUCAAGUACAUCAAUGUUUGUUGACUUGCCAGCAUGCCACUGGAAUUAUGCUCUGUCUGCUUUGUUUAA